UUCAGUUUGUCCUUGCCCUGAUGUGGGACCUGAACCGAGGAUGUUGUUGUGGCUUGUGCAGCCCUUUGAGACACUUGUGAUUUAGAGCUAUAUAAGUAAACACUGUUAAUCUCUAAAUACCAGAAUGCAUUUUUGUCAAAUUUGACUCACUCUUUUAAAAAUAUUUCUUUAGUCUUGUAAAUUCUGACAUUAUCCUCGUGAAAUAAAGUCCCUGCUUGUGUACUUGGUUCUCAUGAAAGAGGGCACGGGUUCACCAUUUGUCAGUAACAUGGUGAUCCAGUGUGGAAAUUAAACCAAAAGCAUUCAUGCGAUUAACUUGCUGUGGUGAAGAAGAAAAAAAAAAAGGCACAUUUUUCUUUGAAUAUUCUUUAGUUUCAUUUCAUUUCCGUCUCUAAUACUCCAAAAAUGCUCUUAAUUCUUUAAAACAAUGAUGUAAUAAUAACAACAAACAAUGCUUUUCUCAUGACCUACAAUUUUGUAUUGUCUUUACCGGUGCAAGCACUUAUAAAGUCCAUGUUUGUGUGCACAAUAAUAUACGCCAUGUGAGACAUGAACAUGCACAUGUUUAUUAUGCCUGUGACGUGGCUGCCAAAAACCUUGCAGCGCUAUCUUUAACGACACCUGUAGCCAUCAUUUCGAGCAAUAAAUCCUUUACAUUUUAACCAAGACUCCGUGUUGCGCUUGUGGGAAAGUGGAGUUUGAUCUCGUGCAGAGCAGUUGAAGAUUCAAGGCGAGAGUCGUCAUCCCGUUGUUUCUUGGCCACUCUUUGUUGGGACGCUUUUAAAGUGCAAGUCUGCUGACAACCUUCAGAGAGAUGAUGUUUGAGCAUGCAGUGAUGGUGACCCCCCAGGGAGGAAGUAGUGAGUCCACCACAGAUUCUCCAGCCGGAGGAGGAUCCACAGCCAACUUUGAGGCCGUGGACAUUGUGGUUCUGGUGCUCUACUUUGUGCUGGUGCUGGCCGUGGGCUUCUGGUCCAUGUGGAGGACCAAGCGGAGCACGGUAGAUGGCUACUUCCUGGCAGGGAAGAGCAUGACAUGGUGGCCGGUGGGGGCCUCACUGUUCGCCAGUAACAUCGGCAGCGGACACUUGAUCGGCCUGGCCGGGUCAGGAGCCGCAGCAGGAAUCGGAGCGAUAGCGUAUGAGUGGAAUGGCUUGUUUAUGGUGCUGCUGCUGGGUUGGAUCUUCCUGCCCAUCUAUCUGGCGUCUGGGGUGACGACCAUGCCCGAGUACCUGCAGAGACGCUUCGGCGGGAGAAGAACACAAUUGUUUAUAGCAGUCUUGUCUUUGUUUAUUUACAUCUUCACCAAGAUAUCGGUGGACAUGUAUGCUGGAGCUUUGUUCAUCCAGCUGGCUCUGCAGUGGAACAUCUACCUGGCUGUGGUGCUCCUCCUGUCAGUCACUGCUCUCUACACUGUCGCAGGUGGUCUGGCUACAGUCAUCUACACCGACGCUGCCCAGACCGUCAUCAUGCUGACAGGAGCACUGAUCCUCAUGGUCUACAGUUUUGUUGAGGUGGGAGGUUGGAACGCUCUGAUGACAGAUUACCCCAAAGCCAUCCCGUCGGAGCGCGUGCCCAACUCCACGUGUGGCGUCCCUCGAGAGGACGCGUUCCACAUAUUUAGAGACCCCGUGACCUCUGACCUCCCGUGGCCUGGCGUCAUCGUGGGGAUGUCCAUUCCUUCCAUGUGGUACUGGUGCUCAGAUCAGGUGAUCGUGCAGCGUUCUCUGGCCGCCAAGACGCUGACUCAUGCAAAAGGUGGCUCGCUGCUGGCAGCUUACCUCAAGCUUUUGCCUUUCUUCGCCAUCAUGUUGCCCGGGAUGAUCAGCAGGAUACUUUACACAGAUGAUGUGGCGUGUGCAGAUCCUACGUUGUGUACCCAGAUCUGCGGUAACCCAGUAGGAUGCACGGACACAGCCUAUGUCAGACUGGUCAUGGAGUUGCUCCCUGCAGGCCUGCGAGGUCUGAUGAUGGCGGUGAUGAUCGCCGCCCUGGUCUCCUCACUCACCUCCAUCUUCAACAGCGCCAGCACCAUCUUCACCAUGGACCUGUGGAAGACCUUCCGCUCCAGCGCCUCCGAGUGGGAGCUGAUGAUCGUGGGCAGAGUGUUUGUGCUGGUGCUGGUGGUGGCGUCCAUACUGUGGAUUCCUGUGGUCCAAGCCAGUCAGGGCGGGCAGCUCUUCAUCUACAUCCAGGCCAUCAGCACCAACCUGCAGCCGCCCGUCUCCAUCGUCUUCCUCAUGGGAUGCUUCUGGAAGAGGACUAAUGAGAAGGGUGCAUUCUGGGGCCUGGUGGUGGGCCUGCUGGUGGGCUGCAUGCGCAUGCUGCUGGACUUCAUCUACCCGGCCCCCCUCUGCUUCGAGCGCGACAACAGGCCCGCCGUGAUCAAAGACGUCCAUUACCUGUACUUCUCCAUAGUUCUGUCCCUCAUCACGCUGGUGGUGGUGGUGGGAGUCAGUCUGGCCACAGAGGAGCCCACAGCAGAGCAGAUUAAUGGUCUGACUUGGUUCACACGAUUUGUCCACGUGGAGCGCAAAGAGCUCAACUUGGAGUUGGUCACGCCUCAGACGGACGAGGUAGCAGGAAGACCAGACGAGAGCAGCUCAACAACGCCCAGCGGGAGACGUCCAUCCAGGCUGGUGUCUGCCCUCUACUGGCUGUGUGGCAUGGACACCAGAACAAAGGAAGGACGGAAGAUGCCGGAGAUUCCUGCAGAACCUGAACGCAACAAACUGGAAGAAAAUCCUUCUCUGCAGCAUCUGGUGAACGUAAACCUGAUCAUCUGUCUCUCUGUGGCUGCUUUUGUCAUCGGCUACUGGGCCUGAGGACUCUUCUGGAAGGAAAGAGGAGCCUUUUGGACUUCAAGGUUGUGUAGCCUUUUCAACUCAUCUUCUAUGACAGCGCCUUCUUGUCGUUAAAUCUGUUUUUUUUUAAAUCAUUUUUACUCAGAAUUAUUUCUGGUAUAAAGAUCUGCCAAAUUUGGCGUUUUUCUCUCUCUAAAUGUGUCUAAUACGGGUGAGAUGUUUUAAAUUUGUAUAUUUUUAUUCAGAAUGUAUAUAAGGAUUCAUUUCAGUAAUGUAAUAAGUUAUUCAUUAUACAUUGAAAUAUUUAUCAAUAAUAAUAAUAAACAAUUAUGAUGGAUGUUUGUAUAAAAUAAUUCUUU